ACAAACGAAGAGUAUCGGCAGUGGAUAGUGACCCAUUUUCGGGCGGGCGGGUCGUUUUUUCACCAGUUUCUGCAUCAGCCCCUGUUCAGAGUGCUGGUUAUUCCGAGUGUACCAAGUGUGAAAUUCCGUUCAACGUCCGAGAGUGAUCUGGCGAUUUAUUUAUGGGACUUUGAGCAAAAAGGACUGCACUUUUCUCGAAUCCUUGCGGGUAUUACUCCGCUGGGAAUAUGGAUGAUGAGGUGAAGAACAAACGGUGCGUGUAAGCGUAUGGAUUUUCCGCCCGAGAAUCGGGUCUACGGUGAAAAUUGUUGAGGAAGCUUUCCUGUGUGGGGAUUGCUGUCGGAACAGUUAUUUUUAGCUAAUUGAUCUCUUAAUCGUUUCCACAGUGCUCGUGUCGAAGCAUCAAACUUGUUAUAGUCGAAGAGAUUGAUUGAACAGCUUCCAGAAAAUCAAAAUGGACUGUGAAGUUUGAUUAUUUCUGGAACAAGUUGAAGUUGUCCUUCCCAGUGUAAGAUUAUCAAAUUUGCCCAAUGCACGAAAACGAAGGUUUGUGCUCAUACAAAAAGAAGUUUAAGCAGCAAAAUUAGAGUUACGAAAGCAUCUGAUGCAAAUGAAUGAAUAAAUUAUCAGAGUAAAAGAAGGAAAAAACAAUUGUUUUGUGGAAAAAAAACGCGAAAAAGUGGUUUCAUCCUAUGAAGUGAAAGAGAGCGAAAGAGUAAGAAAAAGUUUUCUAGCAAUAAUGUUGAUGUGAGAAAGAGACAUACUCUUCAAUUGGAGCAUAUAGUGAUAAAUCUCCAAGAAAAAGAAAGUUAAUUAAAAGUUUUUUUUUGUGGUUUAAUUUUUUUUUCUGUGAUCAACGAAACUAAAAUUGUUCAGAGUGGGUUGAAGUGUUAAAACAUAGGUUUGAAGUGAGAAGCAAUAAGCAAAUGAGCGCAAUGAAUAAGAAAUGUGUAAAAUUUCUUCAUCUCUGCUAGAUCAAUUUUGUUAACGAUACUGAUUUUUGAAACAGUGCAUAGUCAAGAAUUUAAGAAACUCCACCUUAUUCUUGAAACAUACGUACGAAAAAAAAACACACAUCGAUUGUUCUGAUUUGUGCUCGUCCACCUACUCGUGUUUUGCUCAUCGUAAAUUUUCUCCACUUCUGCUGAAAGUUUCCGACUUUUCCACUCAGCGAAAAGGCAAGAAGUGCUAGCACCAACACAUCAUGUGAGCAGGCAGGCACUUUUACGGUGGUCCAGGAUGUGCAAGUGGUUGACAGCAACUUGGUGUGAUUUAAAAAUAGCUCUUUAAAUAUCGCAUUAGACAGAGCAGAGACAAUCAACGCCAUCAUCACAAUCCAGAGGAAAGGGGUGGCAAAUGAGCGGUGAAAUCCCGUAAUAAAAGCGUAUCAGCAGUGGCACUUAAUCAUCAUUAUCAUCAUCGUCAUCGAGUUUCCACAUUGGAGCACAGUGUGAGCCAUUAGGCAGCGGCUGCUUUGCGACGAAGCGGUACGGAUGUUUUAAGACUGCUAACGAUGUCCAGCGACGCACUGUGGGUGUCUGACGCCAUGUUGGACUCACUCAGUAUGCAACUUCGGGACGCCGAAGCUCGAAGAGCGGAAGCAGAACGCGCACAUCAGGAAGCUCUGGUACAGUUAAGGGGUGUAUCAUCUGGCGUCGGUAGGAUAGGAGACCCAAUCGAAACUCUACAAUCCAGAGCACGCGAGUUGGAAAAGAAGGCCGCUCUUGAAACAGUCAGAUGCGAAGAGCUUCAGCUAGAGCUGUCGGCUGCCUUAAAAUCACGUCCCGGCCGAAUGCCGACUAGUUCCAGUUCCGUUGGUGUCGGAGGUCUCAGUAGCACAAUAACAAGCAAUCAUUCGACGAUGGUCAACAGUAUCGGCAAUUUCGGUAUGGUUGGCAACUCAACGUCGUUAGGAGGCACAUCCUUAGCUCUCAGUGGCAUAGGGGGUGGUAGCAGCGGCGGAGUAGGAGGAGGAGUAAGUGGAGGUGGAGGAGGAGGAGGAGGAGGUGGAGGCAGUACUGUAACAUGGGCUCCCACGCCAACCCAGCAACAAGGAACUGAAAUAGAUAGGAUUAUGGCAAAGAUCGAACAGGACAAUCGUAUAUUGGCCGAGUUAGAGCACCCGCGAACUACUGGACCAAUAAUGUCAUCAUCGUUGGGGUCUGGUCUGACAAGCACAAGCCUUAGCCUAUCCCAGCACCAGCCCCACCUCCAAACGACAAGUUUAUCGUCUCAAAUAAACAGCACUGGAAUGCUUGGAGGACUAAGUGGACUGACUAACAGUGGAGUUCCUGCAAGUGUUGGAACCGGUAUGCCCAGCUCUAUCGGUCUAAACUCGAUAGGUAUUAGCUCAAUUGGAACCGCUGGAAUAAGUUCUAUCACCGCUGGUGUGAAUUCCAUGAACGUUACUUCGAUGGGAGUGACCUCGAGUGCCAGUAGUCAUGCACUAACCGAUGGACAGUACAGUGUAUUAACGUCAUCCACAGGAGCUUCAAACCCUUACUCAGCAGCUAAUGUUUCACCACUGCCAAGCCGAGCAAAUCCACUGAGUACUACUGCUAUGCCACCCUUAUGUCAGAGUUCUACUAUGCCCGUCCUGUCGUUACACAACACACAUACCAUACCAUCGGGAUCAGCAAGUUAUACCCUAGGACUAAGUGUAGCGCCCGUAGCAUCAUCGUACACAUUCCCAACGCAUUCAGCGACAACCGGCGGUCUGGCGAGUGUCCUCGGCACGGUAGGAACGUCCGGCGUCGGCACAACCGGGGUUUCGAGUCUGACCGGUUUGGGGACCGGACUCGGAACUGGCACAGGAUUAGGAUUAGGCUCGACUAACCCACUGACGAGUACGUUGGGUACCAACCUGACGAACUUCAACACGAGCACUUCGUACUCGACGUACACCAACCCGCUACUAACCUCCGGUGGUAUCAGCUCUAAGAUGAAACCGCUGGAUGAACUGGACUUGCUUACUCGGUAUGCCCAACGGGGAGGUACUCCCUGCUCACCCAUACCUCCGGCAGGGUGGAAUUUGGACAGUUAUUCCGGUAUAGAUGGCGUCAAUCCAGCGUUCAUGCAUUCACAGAGUCGAUCGUUAAUGGGAAUGGACUUAGACGCACGAUCUCACGGUUUAACACUGAACGGUACCGGUGAACCGCAAGUGGACAUGUUAGAUAUACCGGGAAAAGGUAGAUGUUGUGUAUUUAUAGCAAGAUUUUCCUAUGACCCGCCAGAAGUGGAAGGUUCUGAAGGGGAGUUGGCGCUAUGCGCAGGUGAUUAUUUGUUAGUCUGGGGCAACGGUGAACCACAAGGUGGCUAUCUGGAUGCCGAACUGUUAGAUGGUAGAAGGGGCCUAGUGCCCGCGUCCUUCGUGCAAAGAUUAGUAGGUGACGAUUUAUUAGAAUUCCAUCAGGCCGUAGUGUCGACACUGCGGGACGCUGAUGACGCUCCCAUUAUCCUCGAUCCAGCGCCGUUACCGUUGGGCAAUCCACUUGUGCCGCACACAACCGAAGACUUAGCGCGAAUUAGCGAAGCCCACACCGACGUAGGUCAAGAGUUCGACGACGAAGCCGACACAGUUCCUGCACCGAAACACCUCACCCUGGAGCGUCAGUUGAACAAGAGUGUCCUCAUCGGUUGGACGCCACCUGAUCCACCGGGAUGCAAUCAGAUCGAAAGCUACCACGUGUACGUUGACGGCGUACUGAAAGUGACUGUCAAGGCGACCGAACGCACACGAGCUCUGGUAGAGGGCGUAGACUCCAAUCGACCACAUAGAAUAAGCGUACGUAGUGUAACACAUAAUCGUAGAACCUCUCGCGAUGCUGCCUGCACAAUGAUCAUCGGACGUGAUACCGCACACUUAGGACCAUCGGCAGUAAGGGCCACCAACAUAACCUGUUCCAGUGCGGUCAUAUCGUGGCUGCCAGCAAACUCCAAUCAUCAGCACGUGGUAUGCGUGAACAACGUUGAAGUACGGACGGUGAAACCGGGUGUCUACCGGCAUACGAUAACGGGGCUGGCGCCUAGCACACAGUAUCGAGUGACGGUUCGAGCGAAACACUUACGUGCGGCAGGUCAAACACAAGCCCCUACGGCGGGUCCUCCACCGGAAGAAGCGCCUGGAGCGUACACCGACUUCAGAACGCUAGCGAAAGGACUACCAGAUCCGCCACAGGAAAUUCAAGUAGAGGCUGGACCACAAGACGGCACCCUGCUGGUGACCUGGCAGCCGGUGACGCGACCUCCAUCGUCCGGACCCGUAACCGGAUAUGCCGUGUACGCGGACGGUAAGAAAGUGACUGAUGUGGACUCGCCAACCGGUGACCACGCGUUGAUCGAUAUCGGUAAACUGGUCGGACUCAAUCCCCGAGCAGUAACAGUGCGGACCAAGUCCCGUGACUCCCAGUCGGCGGACAGCAACCCAACUAUGAUACCAAGCUUUGGAUAUCCAGAAACAAAUACUGAAAAUGGACUAAACUAUUCAUCAUCAUCACAACAAUCGCAACACAAUCAAGAUCAAGUGCGAACAGCCGCUAGGAAUCGAAACCACAGCGGAGCGAUUCAGCCCCAGCCCGGCGGAGGUCCCAUGCGCGGUCGAAUGAUGAACAACCAGCAGCAGCAGAUGAUGAACAACCAGGGCAUGAUGAACAGCCAGAUGCAACCGAUGAACCCGAACCAGGUGAUCGAACACGACGAGAAUCUCAGCGACAAGGAGAUCUACCCGGGAUCGAUACACCAGCAGGAACGUGCACAGCGCGACUCAAACAGCAGUGGCAUACCGGCGAUUGAAAUCACUAAAGAGGCCGCCACCGAUGUCACCUAUAUUAGUGACGACAGUGAAUACCAAGAUGGCGCUAGUAGCGGUGGCGGAAGUGGACGGCGUCGUAGCGGUCCUCCGCCACAGCAACAACAGGGUUAUCGGACUCAUAGCAUGUCCGCCAAUCAGACCGGACGGCAGACAAACCCUCAAGGACCAAAUCAACCCUACUACGGUAACACGAAUCAACAGCAAAACCAACAACAGCAACAGGUGCAACAGCAGCAACAGCAACAACAGCAGCUGCAGCAGAUGAACCGCAAUCCCAAUCAACCUCGACCGAUGAACCCCAACCAGCAAAUGCAAGCUCAAACGCAAAACCAACAACGGAUGGGUCCAGUGCCUGGUCAACAAAUGACGCCUCAAACUAUGCCACCUUUCCCGGCGCAUCUGAUGAAUGCGUCCAAAAAGCCGCGCUAUUUCAUGGCACUGUUCGACUACGAUCCAGCCACGAUGAGUCCCAAUCCGGACGCCUGCGAAGAAGAACUGCCUUUUAACGAAGGUGAUACAAUACGGGUCUACGGCGAUAAGGAUCCUGAUGGUUUCUACUGGGGAGAGCUACGAGGUCGAAGAGGUUACGUUCCGCACAACAUGGUCCAAGAAAUUGAAGAUGGUGCUCAGGGUGGCGUUGGGCCUUCGGUACGAAGCAUUAGCAGGGAUCGGUGGGCCGAUAUCUAUGCCAAUAUGCCGGUAAAACGGAUGAUCGCAUUGUACGAUUAUGAUCCGCAAGAGCUAAGUCCCAAUGUGGACGCCGAGGUGGAAUUAAGUUUCCAAACCGGCGCCGUCAUACUCGUGUAUGGCGACAUGGAUGAAGAUGGUUUCUACAUGGGCGAACUGGACGGCGUCCGCGGUCUAGUGCCGUCGAACUUCCUCACCGAAGCACCGGACCAGUACAGCAAUCAAGGGCCCAACGCCAACAAUCUGGCACAACGUACGCUCAACAGUAAUAACAAUCGAGCACGGGGGAUUGGCCCUGGAGUACGAGGACCUCCACCUCCGCCUCGGGACAACAUGGGCGGCAUGGGUGGCUUAGCACAACGGGGCCCGCAACGGAAAGAUGCUCGCCCUUCUUCCCCUACACUGUUAGACAACACGGGCCACCCUGCCCCCGAUCACCAAACGCAGGGGAUGCAGGGGAUAGGAGGGAUGAUCGGUCAAGGGAUAGGGAUCGGUGGUAAUGUUGGCGGAAUGAGUAGCAUGCAGCAGCAAACGCCACUACAACAGCAGCAGCAACAGAUGCGACAACAGCAGCAACCGAUGAUGCAACAACAACAGCAAAUGCAACAAAACCAGCAGCAACAACAGCAACCCACAACUACAGCCUCAUCCGGUGGUGUGUUUUCUACAGCUACCAACCUACUAUCCGGAGCCGCCGGAGCGGCAACCGGUGGUCUGUUCGGCAAGAAGCCGGCCGCACAGACACAGCAGCAGCAGCAACCCGGCGGUGGCAUGAACCAACAACCGCAGCAACAAUCAUCCGGUCCAUUUAGUAGUUUAGGCAUGAACAUGGGCAUGGGUGGUGGCCAGCAGCAGCAACAGCAACAGCAACAACAACCUGGUCAGCCUGGCCAACCUGGUCAACAAGGCCAACCGGGACAACAACCAGGUGGACCCAACAUUAUGGGCAAAAUCCAAGAGAUGGCAGCACCUGGUGGAGACAUGCUGUCCAAGGGUAAAGAGCUAUUAUUUAUGAAAUUUGGUCUUGGUGGUAAAUAACCCCAGGCAUUUAGUUCACAACAUUAUAGUUAUUAUUAUUAUUGGAGCUGUAUUGAACCUAAACUAUAUUGUACAAUAUUAUUGCUAUGAAGUACUCUAAACAUUCCGAAUCCUAAAAACGAUAACACAAUACGGGACGUACUGUAGACGUAAAAUCGUAUUCGCAAAAGAAUGGAACAAAUAAUAGGCUAGUAAGUUAAACACAAAGAUAAAAAGUGAAUAAAAUUGUUGUCAAAAGCUUUAUGUUCAUGCAAAUGGAGACGACGAAAAGUUUCAAAUGUAAAUACAAAAGAAAAUCGAUAUAUUUUGGUUCGAUGAAGAAAACAACCCGUAGCAUAAGGAGAACCAGAAACAUGAUCACGCACACGUUUUUUCACGGCAUUUUGACGAAAGUUAGAGUUGUUUUAGUUCAUACGUUGAUUUCCUCAAGUUAGAGUUUAUUUGUUCUUCUUGUUUAACGGAAGGCAACUGACUGUUGCCUUCUGGCAAAUUACGGUAGUCGUUUCUAUACAAACUGUUCAAAUAGUGUUGUUUCAUUUAUCGUACUUUGGUCUUGUUUGAUGAAUUGCUAGGAAGAGUAAAGGUUAAAAUUAUACAAAGUUGUAGUUAUUACCAGACGUAAAAGACAAGUUCUAACAUUAAGAUGAGUGAUCAAAAAACAAAGUGAAUGAAAAGGUGAUAUUUACAUUUAAAGCAAAUCAUUACCCAUAUCAUUCCAUAUAAAUAUUAUUAUAAAUAUAUUAUAUAUAUUUAAAAGAUGAACAAAACAUUCAUGCUUCAAAGUGCUGUUUGACAUUUAGAGUUACAUCUCAUCGCAAUCAACUCUUCUCAACUGAUCACAUACAUCAUUCAUUAUACCAUUGCUAGCGAAUAAAACAAAACAAAAAUAAAUGAAACAACAAACAAUACUGAAUUGAAUCGGCGCGUCUUUAGCACAACAUUAUCUAUUAUCAACAAAUAUCUUCGACUUAAAACAAGACAAACCUUACAGUAAUCUAUCGUUAUUUGAUUAUUGACCCCAACUUGAAUUACGAAUCAAAGAAUAAAAUUAUAUCAACUUAUCGCAAUGUUAUUAUUUAACUCAAUUUUUUGUUCGCAUAUACAAAGGAACGUCGCUAAAGUGUUGUAAUAAAAAAUAACAAAAAAAACUAAUGGAAACAUGUAGUUAAAAGAAAAUUUAGUGUAAUAUAUGAAGAAAUAACAAAAGCAGAAAUCACUUCAAUUCUCUAGCAAUUGAUUUGAAGUUAUGUUAAGCAUCGGGUUAAAAAGUUAGCGGAUCUACUAGGCGAUGAAACUAAUAUUGGUAUGUAAAUACUUAACAGUGCUGGCUCGAAACUGUUUGAAAUCAUAGCAAAAAUCUUGUUGGCGCGAGAGUGCUGACCGUUGUUAGCUGGAAUACAUGGACGAAAUGAUGACAGAAAAAAAUCACAAAAAAAUUUCCAGGUGAAAUGUUAAAGAAAAAAGACGACCACAAAUGUUUACCCACCAUUAUUAAAUUGAGAAUAUUUAUAGUUAUUAAUCAAUCUUUAAAAUUAAACUACAGAAGAAAAUCAGAAAAAAUACCAAAAAAAUGACAACCAAUCUGCGAAGUGUAAGAAUCUUGGGAGUUCGUACGACGAAAAGGCGAAUGCUAAACAAUAAUAUUAAAAUUACGAACAAAACAGAACUCGCAAACAAUCUUGAACGCUUAGCGAAGACAAAAUCUUAUAGAGUUCAAUCACAAACACGAUCAGAAUCAAUCAAAGAAAAUAAAAUCACUUACACAAAUACACAGAGGAUGACGCAAUUCAAGGGAAGGUGGCAGUAUUUCUAACAAGAUUUAUUUCUACACUACUCUGUUUCCUGAAUAUAGAAAGAAAUAAUGUUCUUACAUUCUUUCUGUACCUUUCACAAGUUUAGCUCAAAGUUGAUGAACAUAACAGUAGGGGAUAAAACUUUCAUUGAUAAGUCAAGCGAGAAACUGCCGCCAUCUUGUGUAAUCGUCAUUCCAACACUCACACUCCCAUCCAUACUUGAAACUUGAGGAAACACACAAACUUCUGAACACGUACCACAAAACGUGCACCAUUUGCCAAUAUGAGGUGAGGUAAUAUCAAACCAAACGCAAAUCGACUCAACAGAACAAAGGAUGGCACAGUGACUGGCAAUCGUAAGUAUUAUCAAACUCCGAAAUGUACGGUUAUGUUUCUAAAAAUGCCUCGUUUUGGUUUGCAUUCGAAAGUUUAUGCUACUAAUAUCAAUUGCCAUAAAACGCCACACAAGACUGUGCUCGCGCAUGAAUGCGGCUUCUCAAGCGCGUGCUAAACCCUUUCCAUACAGUAAAAAAAUAAAUGAACAGUCAAUAGAACAACUUCCUACAAAUUCGGGUUGACCAACUAACCGACUAACGCUGUUGCCUUCUCCCGUAAAAUGCGACAUAUGUAGAUUUCAACAGUGGCCCCUUAGCCUGAAAACAAUACUAAAUUUUGCAAAGCAUUCGAUAUGCAGGAAAUUACGCUUCUUAGCAAACAAUUAUUCUACUACUUCGAUAGGCUUGCAAUUCAAUUCUUCCAAAUUUACAAUUUAUUCAUAUUUUAAAUUAAUGUUUUACCAUUUGGAACGAUUUUUCGGCGUUUUAGAUCCCAACGAGUGUAGCGUGGCAUAAAGAGUGACAUCGAAUACCAAUCCUAAAUUAUUUUGCAAAGUAUGCCCUCAAAUAAACAAAAGCACGCGUAAGGACUUCUUCAUGGUAAAGUAUAAGCUAACAUUAUCCUUUCAGCUAUCCAUACACACAAAACUUGUUCAGCAAUAUUUUUAGUAAAUUCUGCCUGGUUUGCUAAAUUUCAGCAAAUCGAUACUGAUCAUCAUCAGAAUUUGCUAAACAAUUUCAGAAAAUCGAAUGUGAAUAAUUCAUAAAAAUAAUAAUCUUAAAAUCAGCUAGUCCAACAACGCAACAUGUUUGAAUUGAACCAUUCGCAUAGUGUAUCUAGAGAAUUUCAUUCCAAAAUCGAUAAAAAAAAUUACUCUGUUACUGGUUAAAAAACACUGUUACGAUUUUCAGAUGUUCAUAUAGAGAUAAACUUCUGGUCAAACAUCUGGGAAAUUUUGUUUUUUGAAUUUAUGGAAACAUGCAUGCCAAAUUUUAUUAGGAUUCCUGUUGAAAUUGUCUAUAAACUUCGCAGUGGAUUUUUUUGAGGACUUGCAGGUGAUGCGUCUGGAACAGUUUUAGUAAAGUUUUGUUAAACCAUCUUGAAGAAAGUUCGUAACAAAGGAUUUUCAGAGGGAUUCCUUUCAUGAUUUUGUUUCCAGAUGAAUACUACUGAUUUUAUGGAAUAAAUUUGAUGAUUAUACAUAAAAUUGCAAAAGAAUCUGGAUAUAACAAGUUUUUUUUAAAAUUUCAAUUUUUUCUGUACCUAACAAUCAGUCACUUCAGCUAUUCGGUUAAUCAACAGCCACAACUCGUUUUUGGGAUUAUACGUCAUUUAUAUUUUCAGGCUUACUACACCUGUUUACUCUACAUGAGUGAAUUUUAUGUGAAUACGUAAUAAUCUGUUUUCAAUUUUAGUAUUCAAAUAGCAUUUCCUCAACAACUAUGACUUUUUACACUAAUGUUUUGACAAUGGAGGCUACUUAUUGGAAAAUGGAUUGUUUAGAAAAGUUUAACUUGUCUAAUUUCUCAAGCUCUUCUACUUUUGUGCUAAAAUCUAUAUAUUGUGUUUUAACGUUUAAAGCCAUUGUCAUCCACAUGAUUUAUCUCUUACUAUCAAAAAUUUAAAUAAACAUCACAUUCAAAAGCAAUACAAAUAUGGAAACACAGGAACAAUCUUCUCCAUAAUAAACGAUACGUAGGUAGCAGAACUGAAAAUCGGGAACCAAUUCGAAAUGAAUCCAAUAGUAUUAUUUUUAUUCCACUCAUUCUCAAACAUUAGCCAAAAUCGACCGACAAACCACAAUGAUUAAUCAGCAAAAUUAGCCAAAUCGAUACAUCAACAAAUAAGCAGCAACUGAGUCAAACCCGAGUAGCAAUCUAGAGGAAAUCUAGAAACAGUUAAUGUUUGAACAUUGUUCUAGAGGUAAUCUCCAGCCAAGAAUAGUGCACAUGAGAGCAACAACUACCCGAUUUUAACUAAGUUUGGACUCUCCAAUUAGUCGGAACUUUUCACUCUAGAUCAAAUCGAAUGAAAAUCAAUAUAUUUACUUCACCUCAACUUUCUACUGACUUUUCAAAUCAACUUACUUCUAAACUACACACAAAACUCACACUCGUAAAAAUACCAACAUUUCUAUCGAACACACGCAAUGUCUGUUAACAAAAAAAAAACCAAACAAGAAAAUUUUUGAUCGGAUUGUCAGAAAUGGUAGCAGAAAUCGUAGAAAACAUGCGGGCAGGCCAGUGAAAGCGGUACGAACGGUACCCACAGUAAAACAAUAUUGAAGUAAACAUAAAGAGUUAUUGUUAUAUUGCGCGGAAAAACGAGUAAAUACAAUUGAAAUAAAAUAAAUUCAGUUCGGUGCCUUCUGAAUGUUUGACGCGUGGAAUUUACUUUAACGAUACUUUUCUCUUUGUCUUUCGCUUCGGUAUCAACUCAACUGUUAAACAUAUUAGUUUACUAGCGAAGAAAAAAAAAUGUUACGAAAGUCUCAUCUACAUGUUGCUUACGUCCUUACCAACUACUACAUAU